AUGGUGGUAUGAAAAAAUAAUUGAACACUAAAAAAUGUAGCAAAAUAGUUUUUUUCCAGUUUACUCAAGCUUGUGUUGCUCAUCAGUCAUUCCAAGAAUCUGCCAAACUCGUAAGAGAGCCACGAAAUUCUACAAGAAGCAAUGGAUCGAAAAAUAAUGCACUUGUCGACAUUUCUUAUCAAGGUCAAAAGUAAGUCGUAAAGCUGUCAAACUUUGUUGCAUUUGAGAUUUUUUAGGAAUAUUCCCGAUUGGAUCAUUCGUAAUCGAUUGAUUAUUGUUGAAAUUCGCGCAAAUGGAAAUUAUUUCAAUGAGAAUGUGUUCAAUAUGCCAAUUUUUCCCAAUCUCAAAAAGUUGUCAAUCACAAAUAAUCGGGUUAGUUGCGUAUAUUUUCUAGAAGUUAUGAAAUAAUGCACUUUUGUAGAUAAGGAACAUUGGUAUUCUGAUAAAUCAUAUCAAAAGGAGUUGUCCUAACUUGGAAACUCUAAACGUUGAUGGAAAUCCCGGAUGGCCAAAUGAUUUUGCAACAAUUCAAACAUAUCGAAAAACUGUUGCCAGUCAUAUAAAAUCGCUUCAAGUUUUAAAUGGCAUGGAUACAUAUCGUCGAAAACGUUCAACAAUGAGUGUAACAAGUUCAACUGAUUCCGAAAUGUCUAUGUGA